GGGGUCACGAUCACGAAAAAAAACAACACACCGAGGAGGACGAGGCAAUCAUCCGUUUUUAAUAUCGAGCUUACGAAGAUAAGAAAGUAAAGUGAAAACAAGGCAGGAAUUUGAUGCAAGAAGGCCUUCUAUUGAGAUGGGGGUUGAACAUCCUAGCAUGAAGCUCGAAAUCUGAACAUGGCACCAAUGCAAGUAAUGGCAAGUGGUUAUAAGAAGGAACCGAGGAGAGCCCUUGACUUCACUAUAAACCAGAGCACACCAUUCAAUGCAGAGCCACCGGUGACCAGCUUGAGGGACCACUUUGUAACACCGAAUGAGAAAUUCUACAUCCGGAAUCAUGCACCAGUGCCAGUGAUAGACGGAGAAUCUUACAAAUUAGUGAUUGAAGGUCUGGUUGCAAAACACAGCAAAUUUUCAAUAUGGGAACUAAAGAACAACUUUACACAGCAUACUGUUAUGGCAACACUGAUGGUAAACAGUUGUUUAUAUAUUUUUUCUAUUUCAGAUUUUAGAGGGAUUCAUGAUAUAUUAUUAAUAAUUCUCUUUAUUACAAACAUUACACAGGAUAUGACAUGGUAUGGUGUUGGAUGGGGCUGUGCUGCAAUUAGCAAUGCUGUGUGGAAAGGGCCUAGAUUGCGGGAUGUGCUUCUUAGUGCAGGUAUUGAAAAGCUUGAGAGCUUUUGGGAUCAGCUGCAUGUUAAUUUUGAAGGGGUUGAUAUUUGCAAAGAUAACCAAGGCUAUGGAUCAUCAAUACCCCUCCACAAAGCUCUGGACAAAAGAGGAGAUGUGAUACUGGCUCUUGAGAUGAAUGGUUCUGAGUUGCCUCGUGAUCAUGGCUAUCCGGUACGAGUGGUUGUUCCAGGUUACAUUGGGGCAAGGAGUGUUAAGUGGCUUAAGACGAUCACCGUUCAAAUGCAUGAGUCUACCAACUACUUUCAGAAAAAAGAUUACAAACUCUUCCUCCCUGAGAUUGAUUGGGAUACAGUGGAUGAGUGGUGGGAUAAAUCAGUCCCCAUCCAGGAGCUAAAUGUGCAGGCAGCGAUAACUCAGCCUAAAAACAAUGAAGUGAUCCCAAGGGGCUCAAGAUACACCAUCAAGGGAUAUGCUUUGUCUGGUGGUGGAAGGAAAAUUGUUCGUGUCGACAUUUCACUUGAUGGCGGAAAGAGUUGGACAGUUGCAAACUUAUUCACAUCCUCCCAGGGGCUCCUUCACAUCGAUACUAAAUGGAGCUGGGAAUUCUGGGAUUGUACAAUCAAGUCAAUGCCGUCUCCUUGUCAGAUUGUAUGCCGUGCAUGGGAUGAAGCAUCAAACACUAUGCCAGAGGAUAUCAAGCAGAUUUGGAAUCUUCGUGGUGUGAUGAAUAAUUCAUGGGUGCGUGUCAAUGUCGUCUCUGAUGCAGCAAAGCUGUAAUUAAUUUUAAUUAAUUAAUGAAUUUUAAAUGAAAUGAAAAAUGACUGUGUGAUGUGGCAACAGAAAAUUUUUUGCCCUUUGAUCUGCCACUGCCAAACAUGUAUUUCUGGCCAUCUAUUAAGCAUCUUCCACUUGCCGUAUUCCCACGUUAGCGCCACUCACUUUGCACUAUUCUAUGAAACUGGUACCCUCUCAUUUUUUAUAAUCCUGGAUCCGCACCUGGCAUUUGUUAUCCUAAAUCCAUGGCUCAUGGGUACAAAUUGGGUCAGUGAAAACAUUUUUCUAUGUAAAAUUAGUUAUAUCUUGGGUACAGUUGUAGCAGCAU